UCCGUUUUUAUCCUGCACCAGAUCGGAAUUCAGUCACGCUCACGCCUCGUCGUCCCCGACCGUCGGCUCGUCCGGCUCCGGCCCCUCACCUGCCGCAGCGGCUCCGCAGUCCGUACGAGAUGGGGAGCACCUCCUCCAUGCUCACCCAGUACGACAUCGAGGAGGUCCAGGACCACUGCAACCACGCCUUCUCGCAGCAGGAGAUCGUGUCUCUGUAUCACCGCUUCUGCCAGCUCGACCGCAACGGCGGGGGCUUCGUCUCCGCCGAGGAGUUCAUGACUGUCCCCGAGUUCGCCGUCAACCCCAUCUCCCAGAGGCUAUUGAGGAUGCUCGACGGGCUGAACUUCAAGGAGUUUGUGGCGUUUUUGUCUGCGUUUAGCCCCCGCACGAGCCUGCAGCAAAAGAUUGAAUUUAUUUUCAGGGUUUAUGAUACCGACUGUAAUGGGAAGGUUGCAUUUGAUGACAUCUUGAGCAUCUUGCGAGACAUGACGGGUUCGUUUAUGACAGAGCAACAGAGACAGAAAGUUUUGAUACAUGUGUUAGAAGAAGCUGGCUAUACAAAAGAUUCACAUUUCACUCUACCAGACUUUAUGAAGAUUCUUGGCAAUUCUGAUCUCAAGAUGGAGGUUGAAGUUCCCAUUGACUAAUAAGUACUUGCAUCAUCGUGCUGUUUCUCAGAGUGUAUGUUCACUUUUCUUAGCUUGAACGGAUGGGUUAUUUAGAUCCUUGUACUUCUAAUCAUGAUCGAAGUUGUAAUCAAGGAAACAUAUGUAUUUGCUAUUUGGAGGUUAAGUGGACUCCUACCUA